AUGAUGGGUUCAUUCGAUAUUAAACUUGUUAUGCUGUCAGUGAACUUGCUCUUCGUCACCCUAUUAGAAGCGUACCCAGAGUCGCAUGUGACUAUUAUAGGUAGAGUGGAGAAAGGUACUCUUACGAUUCAUUGUUAUUCUGGAGAUAAUGAUCUUGGAAUACGCAAUCUGGCCUACGACCGCUCUUUUGAAUUCAGUUUUGUGCCCAACAUUUUGGGUAAUACCAAGUUUUUCUGCACUUUCACUACUCAAUUCGGUUCAGGAAACUAUGCUGUUUACGAUCACAAAAUGGAAACCGAAAGAUGCGGUCUUAACUGUGUGUGGUACAUAGAGGAGAAAGGGCCAUGUUUAGUGCUAAACCCGGAGAAAAACCUGUGGUGUCAACCGUGGAAGAAUCCAGGGAAAUGGUUGCAUGAAACACAUCAGAAUUGA